CACGCACAAAACGACGACGUAGAACAGUCCGAGCUUACGCAGCACCGUAUGCCGGGCGAGCGCACGAGGCCUUCUCGUCGGCCGCCGACGACACCUCAUGGCCUCCCUCCUCGCCUUCUCCUCCUCCGCCUCCGGCCCUCCGCCCAAACCCUCGCCGUCCCACACCGCUCCCCCUCCGCCCCCGGCUUCCUCCUCCGCACGAGCGUCGCGCUUCCGCCUCCUGCUCGCCCGCGCCGCCGCGCGCCGCGACCCCGAGCCGCCGCCGCAGGCCGAGAGCGAGAAGAAGUCGAUUGCGGUGAGGACGGGGGAGCUGUUCUUGGGUCUGAGUGCGCUGUUCAUCCGCGCGGGGAGGGGGACGGCGCCGGUGGAUGAGGUGGAGCGGAGGGAGGGGGUGUUGUGGGAGCAGCGCCCGGAGGACGUGGAGGCGGAGCGGCAGCGGCGGGAGGUGGCGACAGCGAGCCCCGGGUUCAGCUUCUCAGCCGCCGGGCUUCUCUUCCCCUACCACCUCGGCGUCGCGCAGUGCCUCCUCGACAAAGGCUACAUCACAGUGGUGGCAGGGCAUGCGUGGUUAUGCAUGGGAACUAAUAUACCUGCGUGCUCAUCACUUAUAUUGAUUGCAUCCGGGAACACAAUGCAAGAGGCUCUUCAGGUGACCAAGAUUCUAGCUGAAGACUGCCGGAGUAAAGGGACUGCCUUUCGCCUUGGGGCUGUACUCAAGGAUGUUCUAGAAAAGUUUCUCCCAGAUGAUCUGCAUAUCAGGUGCAACGGAAGGAUCCGUGUUGCUAUUACUCAGUUAUCCUGGAGACCUAGGGGCUUACUGGUCGACCAGUUUGACUCCAAGGAAGACGUGAUUAAUGCAAUUAUUACAUCUUCAUUUAUUCCUGGAUACUUGGCUCCCAGGCCUGCGACUUUAUUCCGUAACAGGCUGUGCGUUGAUGGGGGCCUUACAUUGUUUAUGCCACCCACUUCUGCUUCUGAAACAGUUCGAAUCUGUGCUUUCCCAGCUGGCAGACUGGGACUGCAAGGGAUUGGUAUUAGUCCAGACUGCAAUCCGGAGAACAGAGCUACUCCACGACAGCUGUUUAACUGGGCUCUGGAACCUGCUGAAGAUGAAGUUCUAGACAAAUUGUACGAGCUUGGGUACCAGGAUGCAGCUGUGUGGGCUGAGCAGAACUCUCCUGAGUCAACUGUGAAGAUUGAGCAGCUCGGUACAGAUUGAGAAGGCCUGAAGCCCCGGACAAAGUGAGCAUCUUGGUCCUUUUUAGUUUUGACGUAGACAUCUAGAUUUGUCCUUGUUUGGUUGAAAUAUGUCAAUUAUUUUGUUUGCUCAGAGGUUAGCAGCCUCUUGUAAAUUUGUAAUAUAAGUGCACCUCUAUUUUUGAAAUCUACAGCCUCUUGGCUAUAGGUUUUAUAACUGCGCAAUUAUAACUACAACCACAUGCUAGAGCUUA